UAAUUCAACUAGAAAAAUAUUAUUAUGUAAUUGUGUUUGUGUUGUUAUAAAAAGAAGAGAGAAAGAUAAUGAUUCUUAAAAAAACGGAAAGAAAAAUCUAGACUAGUUGAAGAAAGAAACGCUUGUCUUUCCCUCCGUCCCCAGUCUGGAGCAUCAUCAUGAUCCGUUCCCUUCCAAUUUACCCCAAAAAUUAAAAUAUACUAUUUCAUUCCAAUGUUUCCCAAGAAGCGGCAACGCACCACCGCAGCCUGCCGUUCCUCCUCCACACUCGCCACCAUCUCUUCCCUCUCCGACGUAACCCUAACCGAAAUCUCCCAUAACCCUCGACCUUCCUCUCCCAUGCCCGACGACCGUCCCUCCCCCGCGGCGGAAGACGCUCUCCAUUAUAACGACGCCGCCACUGCCGACGUCGUCCUCCGCCUCUUCAUCGACGCUUCCUCUCCGCUCUAUUCCGCCACCGCCGACUCCGUUUCCAACUCCGACCUCCACGUCUACCUCCAUUCCGACGUCCUCCGCCGCUCCAAAUACUUCUCCGCCCUCCUCUCCGACCGGUGGAUCGGCCACGUCCACUCGCCGGAGCACUCAUCCUCCUCCAACCGCGAUCUCUUCCGCCUCAACCUCGGCGUGGCUCCCGCCGCCGGCUCGAUCCAGUUGCAUCUCAUCGUCCUGGAGCUUCUCUACACGAACGACUUCGCCGCCGCGGUGGACAGCGCGUCGAAGGCGCUGGAUCUGUUACCGGUGGCACUGGAACUCCUCUUCGAGGAGUGCGUGCGCUGGUGCGUGGAUUUCCUCGAGGCGGUGCCGUGGACGGAGGAGGAAGAGAAGCGAGUAGUGAGAUUAAUCCCCUUCCUUAGCGAGAAAGAGUCGAAGGAGCUGGUGGCUAGGGUUUGGCCUUCGGGAGAGGACUCAUGCGAAGCGAUGCUGCAAGGAUUGAUUUCCUCGGCGAUGAACAGUUACGGCAACACUGCGUUCGUGAAGGCUUUCGUAGGGAAGAUUCUUCGGGAUCUGUCUUCGAGGGAGACGGCGAAGAGAGUGUUGGAGAAGGCGUUCAGGAAGAGCUUGAAGACGGUGAAGGAGUCGUUGGAGGAUUAUUCGAGUCCAGUGUUCAGAGGGGAUCAGAACGAGACGGAGGCUAUUCAGAGGCUGAAUCUGCAUAAGGCAUCAACAAAUGGGAAGCAUCUUCUGUGGCUGGUGGAGAGGAUGAUCGAGCUUAGGGUUGCCGAUGUGGCCGUCAGGGAAUGGAGCGAGCAAGCUGGCUUCACUGCUGAUUUGCAGAGGGCGUUUGGUGAUGAUGCAUGGAGGAACAUUGUGCCUGGCCUUCCUGCUGUUAUUCUCAGGUGUACAUGUAGGCUCGCCAAUGCUGUCUCUGCUGGCACCAUUCUCGCCUCUAGACAGGUCAGAAGGAAGCUCGUACAAGAUUGGCUCCCGGUACUGCUUGUAUGCAAAGAUAAUGUUUCACCCAGCAACAAAUCAUUGCAUCUGGAACUGGAACAAACCUUCUUGCGAAUCAUCUCCACAUUGCCCAUGUCAGAUGCUCAAGAAUUGCUGCAGCGCUGCCUCAGCUUUUCAACCCGAAAUGUUGAAGAUUGUCCUCAUUUGGUCACUGCAUUCAACACCUGGUUCCGCCGUGCGGCCCGACCCCUCAAACCAUAUUCUCUCUUUGAUCAAUGACAUGUCUGUUCUGUUUGGUUCGCGUGUUGUCAAAUAUUGUUCAUAUGUAAAUACUAUGUUCAGAAAGUUUAACUUUGUACAUAUAAAUCGAAACUAAAUGUCUUGUCUUGUAGGGACCAAACCAGCCAAAAUACGUAGUUCUUGUCUUGAGGCCAAUGGCUAAUGGGUUCCUUGGAAUGCAAGAUUUUCAGUUCUGAAGUUUUGGUUCGCCGUUGCAUGAUUUGCGGGUGAAACGCUGCUUAAGAAAUUUUGGCUCAAAAUAAAGAUACCAGCCUUGAUUUGACCUGCUGCAAAAAAAAAAAAAAAA